AAACCAGUAUCGCAGUUCAGCGUAAGCAACAUGAUGUGCUCAAAGAUUGUCUUGGUUUUCGCCGCUUUGAUCGCCUUUCAGGCCGUGUCCGCACGUCCAAGGGAUUCCCAAUCUGAAUUGCAGCGUGCCGUCGAAGAUUUCCGUAAUGCCACCAUCGACGCCAUCCGCGAAGGUAACACGAAGAUGAUCAAUUUGCUGAAAGAACUGGCCGUUUCAUCCCGUGAGACCGAAAAGCAAGCCUACCAGAAGAUCGAGGCGAAGGUGGAAGCUGCCAUAAGUCAAGUCAAUCUCGAGGAGGAGCAGGCUUUAGCGGAAGGAUUGAACGUAGAGGAUUGCAUUAUCAUCGCCAGAGAUUCUUUGAACGCUUUGGUCGGUCUCCUCAGCAACGAUGUGCAGAACUGCGGAUGGAACGCCCGUCAGCAAAGCCAAACCAUGGUCAACGACAUCAGCAAUACCAUCGGUUGGGAGUUCAACCACAAGAAUCAAGCCUACAUUGCCAGCUGGGACCUUUGCUUGUCCAAAGAAGACAGCAAUCCAUGUCUUCGUGAUUUGAUCACUCUAGUCAAGGCCGACACCAAGAACUACCCAGUCGAGAUCGGGCAACGUAUUGGACAAAUCAUCUCUGCAAUUGGCCUCGUCGAAAGUGGAAUGUUCCAAUGCAUCGACAGGGCUAAUAUCGCAGCCAACCAAGCCCAAUCUAUCGUGAGCCAAAUCUAUUCGUGCCUUUACAUCCACAACCAGCAAUAAAGCAAUCCAAUCUAAUAACUGCAAAUAAAAUAAAAUAAAAUAAAAUAAAAAAGUAAAAAAAAACAAAUUAAUUCCUCUAAAAAACAAAUUCCAUAAAAUCAUUACAAAUCGAGGAUUACUUAAUUACUCUAAACCAGUGUUUCCCAACCUUUUGUUGUGCCAUGGACCACUUAAAACUUUCUAAAAUUAUUAUGCGCCCUAUGUAACAUCUCUAUAAUUCUACAUUCGAUUAAAAUCUGAAAUUGGAAAAUACUGCUCUAGAGUUUACACUCCUGUUCUGUCAUGUCAUUAUAAUGCUAUAUACACA